CGGAUCGCCUGGGCCGAGCCGCGGAAGAGCGCCCCGGGGAGUGCCGUGAGGCAGGUGAAGGCUGCCGGGGACGAGGGCGCGGCCUCCCGUGGCCAGGCCAGCGACGAGGAACUGCUGCUCCGGCCUGGGGAUGCGUCUCCCUCCCCUUCCCUGGGUUUGGGGCGCCUCCGGAGCUCGCCCACCGACCUGGAUCGGAACCGCCCCGUGGGUUCAGAGUUGAAUACAUUUUUGGAUGAUCCAGAAUUUGCUGAUAUUAUAUUGAAAGCAGAGCAAGCAAUAGAAUUUGGAGUUUUUCCAGAAAGAAUCUCUCAAGGUUCAAGUGGAAGUUACUUUGUGAAGGAUCCUAAGAGGAACAUCAUUGGUGUGUUUAAACCUAAAUCGGAAGAGCCUUAUGGUCAGCUGAAUCCGAAAUGGACCAAAUAUGUUCAUAAGGUGUGCUGUCCUUGCUGCUUCGGCAGAGGCUGCCUGCUUCCUAAUCAGGGAUACCUUUCUGAAGCUGGCGCCUCCCUCGUGGAUGAAAAGCUUCACCUGGGCAUUGUACCAAAAACAAGGGUGGUUUGGCUUGUCAGUGAGACAUUUAACUACAGUGCAAUUGACCGUGCAAAAUCUAGAGGCAAAAAGUAUGCUUUAGAAAAAGUGCCAAAAGUCGGUAGAAAAUUUCAUCGGAUAGGACUUCCUCCUAAGAUUGGUUCCUUUCAGUUAUUUGUUCAAGAUUACAAGGAGGCUGAAUAUUGGCUUAGGAAAUUUGAAGCUGACCCUUUGCCUGAGAAUGUUAGAAAACAGUUUCAGUCCCAGUUUGAAAGAUUAGUUAUUUUGGAUUACAUCAUCAGGAACACAGUAUUUUAUACAUUUUCAGAAACAAAAUGGACUGAUGAUAAAGAAUCGCUUAUUAAAAUAGCUGCAAUUGAUAAUGGUCUAGCAUUUCCUUUUAAACAUCCUGAUGAGUGGAGAGCAUAUCCAUUUCACUGGGCUUGGCUUCCUCAAGCAAAAGUUCCUUUUUCUGAAGAAAUAAGAAACUUGGUUCUACCAUAUAUUUCUGACAUGAACUUUGUGCAAGAUUUAUGUGAAGAUCUUUAUGAACUUUUUAAGGUAAAUAAAUUUUUUGUUUUGAUCUUUUUUGAGCUGGUGAAAUCUCUCUUCUUUGCACAGAUCUUAAAUCUUACUCAGGCAUUGAGAGACGGGAAGAGCCCUGUCCAGCUGGUACAGAUGCCUUGUGUGAUUGUGGAACGCAGUCAAGGUGGAAGUCAGGGCCGGAUUGUGCACCUCAGCAACUCAUUCACCCAGACUGUCCACUGCAGGAAGCCGUUCUUUUCCUCCUGGUAGCAGAUGCACGAGUGAGAAAAACAAAGUAUUUGGCAUUUUCAUGUUGUUAAAACAUGACAGUGGUGUGAUCUCUGUUAAGAGCUCCAGUUGCCAAAUUGCCAAAACCUCAAAUAAUACAUUUUAACAGUACUCAAAGUUUACAGUUUCUUUGUCCAAAUAUUAAAUUUCUAUUUCAGGGAAGAAGUGGUGUAUCUCUUACAUCAUAUUUUUGUAGAAAAAUUGUAUUUUAUGUUGUUGAUGUUAGUUGAAGAGGUGAUUUCAUAGUUUACACAUUCUGAAACGACUGUAAUUACUUUAGAAUCCCAAACCGAAAAAUGAGGUGUGUGUUGACUUUGAAUACAAUAACUUUUUAUGUACCUUUUAAACACUGAGAAGAAUGUUCAUGUUAACUCGUCUUACAUUAUAUAAGGCCUUUCAGGUUGAAACUGCUCUUAGAAACUUUAAUAGAGUAGUUAAUAGAAAAAUAGGUAAGAAUAAAGCAAUGUUGCCUUAAUUUUAAAAGCUGCUAUUUUAGAACUUGAAUAAAUGCUCUUAAAGUAACCAUUAUUAGGGACCAGAAAAUUAUAUUUUGUUUAAGUUACAGGUGACCAUUUUCUCUUUUUUGUACUUCAAAGUAUUUUUGGUCAAUUAGUUUGUUAUAGUGAGGGAAAAAAAAUCUUAAGGUUAUCUCCCUUUUUAAAAAAAAAUGGAAACACUAAACAGACUUGAGGGGAAUAAUAUGAAAUUAAGAUAGAU